UCCUGAUUAAUGUUUAACUUCAAGAAGUAUACUCAGUUCAAGUAAAGGAGCAGUUUCAGGAAUCAGGCAGAGCUGUCUUGAUGAUUAGAAAUCAGACUCUGAGGAGAAGUCUCAAGAAGUUAUAUAUUGGCUAUAACAAGAAAGUGGGGGCCAUACCAGACCUCUAGAGAAUGUGGAUCGGAUAUAAGAUCUUAAUCGUCUCUCACCUAAUUACAGAAAUCUGGGCGGAGAAACAGUAUUUAUCUCAAAGAGAAGUUGACCCAGGAGCUGAUUUCACUAGGAAUCACACCAUUUUGGAAGGUACUCGAUUCAAAAGAGCCAUUUACAAAGGGCAAUACUGUAGAAGUUUUGGUUGUUGUGAAGACAGAGAUGACGGCUGUGUCACUCAGUUCUAUGAAGUGAAUGCACUGUGUUACUGUGAUACAUUCUGUGAAAGGGAAAAUUCUGAUUGCUGUCCUGAUUACAAGUCAUUUUGCCGUGGAGAGAAAGAAUGGCUUCCUCACGCAACACCUUGGUAUACAGAAGGUUGCCUCAGAGAUGGUCAACAUUAUGAAGAAGGAUCAGUAGUUAAAGAAAACUGCAACUCCUGCACAUGCUCAGGACAGCAGUGGAAAUGUUCCCAGCAUGUAUGCCUUGUUGAACCAGAAUUAAUUGACCAUGUCAAUAAAGGAGACUAUGGAUGGACAGCUCAGAACUACAGUCAGUUCUGGGGAAUGACUUUAGAAGAAGGUUUCAAAUAUCGUCUUGGCACCUUGCCACCCAGCCCCAUGCUUCUGAGUAUGAAUGAAGUAACAGCUGUACCUGCAAUAAUUGAUCUUCCGGAGUUUUUUGUUGCUUAUUAUAAAUGGCCUGGAUGGACUCAUGGCCCAUUGGAUCAAAAAAAUUGUGCUGCGUCAUGGGCAUUUUCCACUGCAAGUGUGGCAGCUGACCGAAUAGCAAUUCAGUCUAAGGGUCGAUACACAGCCAAUCUAUCCCCUCAGAAUCUGAUUUCUUGCUGUGCCAAGAACCGUCACGGAUGCAGCAGUGGAAGCAUUGAUAGGGCUUGGUGGUACCUGAGAAAACGUGGGCUGGUAUCACACGCAUGCUACCCAUUUCUCAAGGAUCAAAAUACUACCAAUAAUGCCUGCGCCAUGGCAAGUAGAUCUGAUGGGCGGGGAAAACGGCAUGCCACAAAACCAUGUCCCAACAACAUCGAGAAAUCUAAUAGGAUCUACCAGUGUUCUCCUCCAUACAGAGUCUCUUCCAAUGAAACUGAAAUAAUGAAAGAAAUCAUACACAAUGGACCAGUCCAAGCCAUAAUGCAAGUCCAUGAAGAUUUCUUCCAUUACAAGUCUGGGAUAUACAGACAUGUUACCAGCACAAAUGAAAAAUCAGAAAAAUAUCAAAAGCUUCAGACACAUGCAGUCAAACUCACUGGAUGGGGCACACUGAGAGGAGCCCAGGGACGAAAAGAAAAAUUUUGGAUUGUUGCCAAUUCCUGGGGAAACUCAUGGGGAGAGAAUGGCUAUUUCAGGAUUCUUCGAGGAGUAAAUGAGUCUGACAUUGAAAAGUUGAUUAUCGCAGCUUGGGGCCAACUGACAAGUUCAGAUGAACCAUAGCUUAUCAUUAAAUUUCCAUAGGUUAUGCUUUGAAGUAACCCCUUAAACUUAAAUUAAGCAGUGUGAGGUUGUCUGUGACAGUGAAUCUUUGUGUCUUCACCUUAUUAUUAUAAUGUUUUCUGGUUUUACCCUAGACUCUAUGCUUUGCUUCCUUUAUUUUACCAAGUAUAUAAAAAUAUUGAGAGGACAACAGAGUGGCUAAAUGCCUUUAAACUUCCUUGGAUGUCUUUAGCACUUGCAUUCAAAGUUCAUUGCAUUCUUUUGUAGAAAUGAUGUGGUUUCUGUCUUUGACCAAUGAGGACUUCAGAUAACAAAAAAGAAAUGGAAACAUCAAUUUACCAUCCUUACAAUUUUUUAAACUAAAUAAUGCUUUCUUAAAUCAGAGCUUGUUUGUGUUUUGCCAAGAGCAAUGGAAAUAGGUUAUUAAUUGUUUCUCUCAGUAAGCUAACAUUCUGUUUCUUUUUAUUUGCCUAAACCUAAUUUGUAAUUCAAACCCAAAAGGAAAGUAACUCUCCACAGAAAAUAACUACUCUUUAUGGUACCGUGAAAUGGCCUGUAAUGUGGAGAAGGUGGUAAGUAAUGAAAUAGCUUAGAGGCUAACAAUAGAAAUACAGUCUACAGACACAUAAACACCCAUAUUUUUAGAAGCCAGUACCCUUUGUGUAAAGUCUAUUAAAAUCAGCUGCAAAACUGUAUUUGGAAAGAUAACAUAUUUAUCCCCCCAAAACAGUAAUUUGAUGCCAUGAGUCAGAAAGAAUAAAUAAACUUUUAUCACAACUGU